GUCAACCGCUAUCUGUGCGCACAUCUGAAUCGCGAAUCACGCUUGCCCGCACUGCUGCUGUGUGUUAAAAGCGCGCUGUUUGAAACCGAGUCCGCGCUCGAACCCUUUCUCUUCGUCAGCUACACUGCUUCUAAAAUUUUGGCCAGAGGUUUACUAGCUGUCUAGGGAGAUUGGUCAUGGUGCGGGGCGGAUACGCAGAAAGCUCGGCCGGCUACGGCGGCGACCUGCAGGCAGAGGUCCAGGCCUGGGUGGAGCAAGUGACGGGGGAGCCUUUCGAGGGGGACUUUGCCGACGGCCUGCGCGAUGGCGUGCGUCUCUGCAAGCUCCUGAACACCAUCAAGCCUUCGAGCGUGCGCAGGAUCAACCCGUUCAAAGAAGGCCAGAAGUUCAAGCAGAUGGAGAACAUCAGCAACUUCAUCCGUGGGUGUAGAGCGAUUGGCGUGCCGGAGUACUCUCUCUUCGAAACGGUGGACCUCUACGAAGGGAAGGAUGUGGGCCUCGUGGUGAAAUGUUUGCACGCCCUGGGAGGGACCGUCCAAAAGAACUGCCCCGAAUUUGGAGGCCCGCACUUGGGAUUGAAACCGGUUUCGAGGGCACCCCCCCGCGUGGCGGCGGCAGUGCCAACAGCGGCAGCGCGGGCGCCGCAGGCGUUUGAUCAUGCUGCUGUCAAGGCAAACGGUGGCGCCGCCGGAGAGCAAGGAGGAUCGCCGCCCCCGCCGCCGCCGUACAACGGUACCGCUCAACGCUGGGGUUCGAGCGAGACCCGGCCUGCGGUAGCGGCGGCGACGUCGCCGCCGCCCGCCUACCGCGACGACCUCUCCUCCAGGUUUACGGAGACGGUACAGGUUACCGGCAGCAGCGGCGGCGGGUCGGUAAGCCCUCGUAAUGGCGGUGGCGGCGGCAGCCACUCCGGGCCAGCUGCGAACGGUUCUUGCCGUCACACCUCCGGCUCCAAGUCACCCCCGCACCGGCCCGCGCCGCCGUACGGCGGUGCCGUCAUUGGCAACGGGCAGCAGCACUCGGCUCGCCCCCAAUCCCCAGCGCGGCCAUACAAGAAAAGCUCGUCACCGACAAAUGGAGUUCGUCAGCAGGUGUCCGGGGCGCCAAGGGCCGUGUCGCCUUCCGCGCCCCCCCCUCCGUUGUCGACGGCGACGGCGACGGCGACGACGAUGCCACCCCGCCGGUCGCCCACGGGUGGCCGGGGCGGCGGCUAUGGGCUGGACGCGGAGCUGGCGGCCAGGCGGGAGGCAAACUACGACUACGACGCGGAGGCGGAGGCGCAGGAGUGGAUCGAGGACGUGACGGGGGAACGGUUCGCGGAAGGGUUUGGGGAGGAGCUGAAAGACGGGAGAAAGCUGUGCCUGCUUAUCAACCAGAUCAAGCCGGGAGCCGUGCGGAGAGUGAACGACUCAAGGAUGCCCUUCAAGCAGAUGGAGAACGUGUCCAACUUCUUGAAAGCUUGCAGGGCCGUCGGCGUGGCGGAGCACUCGCUGUUCGAAACCGUCGACCUCUACGAAGGCAAAGAUCUCGGACUCGUUGUCCGAUGCCUGCACGCUCUGGGGCAAACGGUUCAGAACAGCUGCCCGGAGUACAAUGGGCCUCGCCUUGGCAUCAAGCAGACGGAGGCCAACAAGCGCGAGUGGACCGAAGAGCAGCAGCAACAGCAGCUGCGGAACAGCUCGGGGGCCAUGUCCAACCUGCUUGCGGGGUCGAGCAAGACCAUGGAGCGUGCGACGAUUCUCAAGACGGGGGCGACCUUCGGGGCGGCGCAGUCGGGGACCGGGGACCGUGCGGGGACCAGCGGCUGGACCAUGGGCAGCGCAAACACGAUGGACCGUUCCCACAUCGUGAAGAGCGGCCCGACCUUCGGCGCGGAGUACGCGGGGGCCUCGGGGGACAAGACGGGCGCGUCGUCGCGGUUCACCGCCGGGCACCGCUACUAAACGGUCCGUUCCAUUGUGGAAGGCGGUGUGCCACCUCUGUUUACCGCUUCUCGUCGGUUCAAUUAUGGAAAGCGGUUUUACCACCGCCGGCCAUCGCUACUAAACGAUUUGUUUUAUUGUGCAAGGCGGUUUGCGCCGCUUGUAAACUUGUUUUUAGUUAUGGAAGGCGGUUCACGACCGCCGGCACCGCUGCUAGGCGUUUCGUGAAUUUGCGGAAGGCGUUUUUGCCGCCGCCGGGCACCGCUUCUGAACAUCCUGAUGGUUGUGGAAGGAAGGGAAUUUUCCCACGGCGCAGCCUCUCUGCUUGUCUCGUGUGUUGCUGCUGCAGUUGCGGUACCGGCCGCCGGCCCCACCGUCGACCAUGGCACGAAUGGAUAAUAAACACCCCAGGGCUGUUGUUUUGUUCCUGCGAGCGCUGCGGUUGUGGACCGUGUGGUGUGCGGGUGAGCCGUCAGGAGGACUUCGCCAGGGGAGUACGAGGGGGAGCGAAGGGGGUUAGAAGAUCUCCGAUUGUGUGUCGGCGUGGCCUCGAUGCGAUGAGCCUCAUGUUUUGGCUACUACAGCUUUGCUUUGGGAUGCGCGCAGGCAAGCAAGGGGGGUCUUGACCUCCUCUCCCCGCCUUUGCUCCGACCAGCACGUGUUGUGUAUAUUAGGGUGUAUGUAGUGGUUUCGUCGUAACCUCUUGGGGCUGUUCUGCUACUGUUAUUCGUCAUUGUCGUAGUUGUUUUUCUCUUAAGAAAUAUGUCAUAGGCGUUGUAACCUCUUUCCAACGUUGGGUUAGUUACCAUGCACCACUCGGGGUAGCCAUUGAUGUGUGUUUGUGACGUUGUAUACGAUGAUUUUCGCUUCUCGCUGUCCAUGUUUCACAAGAGUGGUCUUGUCAGUUUCGUGCUUGUAGCGCCUCUGUCGGCCAGAAUAAAACUAUACAUCUUAGUAGUAAGUGGUGUAAUCUUCACGCGUGCAUGUUCCCGUAACAGCAUCGAUUUUCCAGAGCAGCGCCGGGGUUAUGCAGGGGGUGGAAAAACAAGCGUGCUUGCUGCAUGCUUUUGACGCAGAUAGGUACACCUCACACAUGGGCAUAGACUAAUUAUGUUUUUGUUAUUAAAGCCCAAUGCUCAUUUCUCCCGUGGAGGAGCAAGGGUGGUGAGUGUUGGGAGAAAUGUGUGCAAGAACUGACUCUAUUCUACUGCAGGGUUUGGUGCAGUAUGGUGAAGGCGUGUAUCCAAGUCUGUAACCGUCAGGUGAAGACAGCUUGGACGCCGAUGUGUGAAAUAAUGAUCACUCUGUGUUUCUCUACCCGAGCCUCUUGCGUCACAUGCGCCAACCACAACGUACAACAGCGGUGAGGUUCCGCUAGUACGCCCAACAGUGAGCGGCCCAAAGCGUUCCUGGCUUGUAGCGGUGUGGGAAAUCGAAAUUCUUAAGCGGCACACAGGGGGGGGGUGGUAUCCAGCGCCAUCGGUGAAUGGUGUUUUGGUAUUUUUUUUUAUAGUUUCCCCUACCUUGUUUCUUUCCUAGGGUGUGAGUGGUAUAUACUUUGGCUCCGGGUUUGAAAAGGAACGUACUACUUUGUAGUGUAGUGAAGUGUUGACAAAUGCAUUUGAGAUAUAAAAUAUUGAACUCGGGACCCUCCCGAGUUCAAUAGUCCCGAUGAGUACACGCUGCACGAAUCGAGGCAUCCAAUAAUCAGGUCGAGGUCGUUGACCAUCCAUGUGGAGUAUGACCCCAACAUCCGCAUCUCCUGUCAACAAAACAAGACAAUAAGUGCUCACGAGCAU